AUGUGGGAGAUUCUGAAAGCUCGAGGAGUGGCCCAUGGCCGGCUGACGGGCCUACGUCUCAUCACCGCCAUCAAUGUCGUUGCAGGGUUGGGGAUUUUCUUCAGUGGCUAUGACCAAGGUGUUAUGGCCGGAGUGAAUGUCUCUCCAGAUUACAUUCGCACAAUGGGCCUGGGCUACACUGACCAUCAAGGGAACAACAUCAUCACCAAGCCUACCGAACAAGGCGGAAUCGUGGCAAUCUACUAUCUAGGCACCUCAAUCGGAACUCUGCUGGGCGGUGCCCUCAGUGAUCACGUCGGGCGCAUACGCACUGUUCUCCUGGGCUGCUUCUUCGCCAUAUUUGGCGCUGCUCUACAAGCCGGGGCUAAGAACACGCCCUGGAUAUUAUGUGCUCGCAUUGUGACAGGCAUGGGUACUGGCAUAUUUAACGGCGUGCUUCCAGUCUGGAGUGCCGAAACCUCGCACAAAAACCACAGAGGUUUCUUCGUGUCCUUUGAGUUUACGCUCAAUUAUGUCGGGCUUAUCACUGCAUACUGGCUUGAGUACGGCGUCAGCUUCGUGGACGGGGGUAAUACGAGCUUUCGCUGGCGUUUCCCUCUGGCCUUUCAGAUUGUUCCACUGUUCGCACUUGUGGCGUUACUUUUCUUCAUGCCUGAAUCCCCUCGCUGGCUGGUCAAGGUUGGACGUUUCGAGGAAGCCAAGAUCAUCCUCGGUCGAUUGCGAGGAGAAGGAGACCCCCUCCAUCCCGAGGCGGUUGGAGAGUUUGAGGAUAUCCAUGGCGCUGUCGAGCUUGAAAGAGAGACCGGCCGACGCUUCAACUAUUGGACAAUGCUGACCGGCCGAGGAAGCGGGAAGCUGCAUCUCGAGCGUCGAGUCCAACUCUCGCUUUGGCUCUUGUUCCUUCAAGCAUGGACCGGCAUUACAACAAUCACCGUGUACUCUCCUAUCAUGUUUACUCUGGCAGGAUAUAGCAACACAAAGUCACAAUUGUUAGCUGGCAUCAAUAACAUCGGUGCAUGUCUCUGUUCCCUAAUCGGAAUGGUGCUGAUUGAUCGAGUCGGACGUCGCUGGAUGUUAUGGGUUGGCGCUGCCAUGCUAGGGGUCUGCAUGUUCUUAGAGACCGGCAUGGUCACGAUGCUGAAAAAGCAAGUACCCGGAUCCUCUGAAGCACAGGCUUGGGGUGCUGCCUCGGCCUUCUUCGUUUUCUUUUUCACUGGCAUCUUUGCAUCAAGUUGGCUUGAUGUCCCUUUUGUUUACCCCACUGAAACAUUCCCUCUAGAGGCCAGUUCAUUCCUUGUGUCCCGUUCGACCAGGUCGCUUACGAAAAUACAGGUCCGUGCUAAAGGUAACGCCUUCGGCACUGUCGACUGGGGCCUCGGAUGUGGAAGCGUCUCCCUGCUCGUUCCAGUCUGGUUCUCAACACUAUCACAAUACACUUUUCUAAUCCACGGAUGCGUGAACUUCCUGACAAUUCCCGUCGUAUAUUGUCUCUAUCCUGAGACGAAGCAACGCACGCUUGAGGAAAUGGACCUGCUCUUCGCGUCCGACAAGCCAUGGGUCUGGGAAGCUGAGAAGACGUUCCAGAGGCUGAAGAAGGAGAAUAUGCAGAUUUUGCAUUUAAGCAAUGCAAGUCCCGUGAGGAAAGAUGGAGCCAAAGAUGACGGAGUGAGGGAGAAGCCAGAUAUGGAGACGGAGCACAUGGAGCGUUCGAGUGACGAAGGGCCCAUGCAGGCUGAUUGA